GUCGGUGUGGAAUCGAUACAAUCGACUAAGAAAGCAGCGCGGAAACCUGAACAAGGAAUAUGAAACGCUCGCCAGAAUGACCUCUCGAAUCGUGAAAACCUACAGCCGCAAGGGCGGCGAAGGGACGUCCAAGUUCGACGAGGUCCUGUCCAACAAGCGCGCCACACUCAGCACCAAAUGGGGCGAGACCACCUACAAAGCCCAGCUGGGCUCCAAGAGACACGGCACCAAAUCCGAUCAACCCGAUCGGACCAAGAAGCCCAAGAUGGUGGAGGACGACGGCUCCGAGGAUCCCUUCGGCUUCGACAGCGACGAGGAGUCCAAGCCGGUGUCUUCUCGCGGCGCCUCCAAGUCUCCGGCCAAGUCGGGCUCCGUAGAGGUCAGCCUGACCCUGGAGCCUAAUAGCAGAGUGAGCCAGCCCGCCAGCGUGCAAGCGGUGGCGCCUAGCCGGCCACCUAACCGCGCCUCGUCCACCCUCGCGGCCGAGAAGAGCGCCGUCCGGGUGCCGGACGAUGGCGGAAAGUUCUUCAGCAGCUCCACAGCAGCCAAGACCCCCAGCUGGUCCAGCGAGAACACGGAGCGCCACAGCUACUCAUGGUACAAAAACGCCUCGGAGAGCGACCGCAAACCGCUGGCACAGACCACCACCCUGAAGUCGGAGAAGUCCGAAGACAAGGAUUCGUUCGAUGCCUGGGGCGCCAUAGUGGGACUGGGCUCUCGCUCCACGUCCCCGCCCUCCGCCCCCAGAGACUCUCCGUCCAGCACCUGGACGUUCGACAGCAGCGUCCAGACCGAACCUUCUGCCGUUAUCAGUAUCGACGAGGUGGGUCAGGGAGACACGGACGUCCCGGUGGAACCUUCGGAAUCGGAGGACCACUCGCAGUCGCUGCUCAGGACCUCCAACUGCAGGACCUACUGCAGACCCAGUAAAGCCAAGGUGCAGGGAUCAGGAGGCUCCAUCGACAGCGACUCCUGGAAGCCCAGCAGCGGGGAGAAGGAGAGCAAAGCGCCGGUCCGGAGCAGGGCGAGGGAUUACACCGUCCUGCAUCCUUCCAGCACGUCCGCCUGUAACGUCACCAUUCAGGACUCCAUAGAGCGGGGCAUGGAGGAGUACACGCCCAGCACCCCGACCACAGAUCCAGGAGAAGCUGGAAGGUUAAAGAAGAAAGCUGAGAUGGAAACCAAGCCGGUCAGAUUCAGAGCCGCUCCGAGCAAAUCGAAAAAGGACAGCAAGCUGGAGCUUUUCGGCUUCGACGACGGAGACGCUCCGACAGAGGACGCCGACCAGGCGUCUUCGGGCACCUCCAACUACAAGAUCAAAUACUUCGGCUUCGACGACCUGAGCGAAGACGACAGCGACGGAGAGGAGGACGAGAGGAGGACGAGAAAGAGGAAAGCCAUGUCCUCACAGGUGGAAAGUUUUGGAGAGGCCAGCGUUGACGUUUCACGACCCAGAGCAUCUCAGGAGAGCCGCAGCACAGGUCAGAGACAUGACCUCAAGCCAGAUCCUCUGGAGAUCCCCGAGGUGAACUCUCGCACCGUUUCUGAGGCACCAAAGAGGCCUCAGGUCAAAGCUCAGGAGAAAGCCAAGGAGAGCAGCAGGAGGAUCUUCAGCGGACCCAAACGCUCUCCGACUAAAGCUGUUUAUAACGCAAGACACUGGAACCAACCAGAAGCUGAAGAACUUCCUGCUCCUCCACCUUCUGCAUCACAGGCCACUCCGGCCAGUUCAUCAGGAAGCAGUAAAGAGUCCAACCCGCAGAAGAGUGAUGAGGGUGUGUUCAAAACCCCUCCCCUGCCACCCAAAGUCAUCAAAUCCGUGACCGUUCCUACAGAACCGUAUCAGGACAUCGUCACCGCACUGAAAUGCCGGAAAGAGCACAAGGAGCUGUACACAGUGGUGCAGCAUGUCAAACACUUCAACGACGUGGUGGAGUUUGGUGAGAACCAGGAGUUCACCGAUGACUUCGAAUACUUGGCCGCCGGCCUCAAGAGCGGUCAGCCUCUCAACACUCGCUGCCUCAGUGUCAUCAGCCUGGCCACGCGCUGCGCCCUGCCCAGCUUCCGCAUGCACCUGAGAGCCCGAGGCAAAGUGGCUCAGGUCUUCAAGACCCUCAGUGAUGCCCCCCAACACCCUAAUCUAGCUCUUUGCACGGCCUCGCUGAUGUACAUCCUGAGCCGUGACCGCUUGAACAUGGACCUGGACCGGGCCAGUCUGGAGCUGAUGAUCCGCCUGCUGGAGCUCGAGCAGGACAAGACGGCCGACUGCCAGCUCUCGGCCAAAGAGAUCAGCAAAGUGAAGGAGAGGAUCCGCAAGCUCUGCGAGACGGUGCACAACAAACAUCUGGACCUGGAGAACAUCACGACGGGGCAUCUCGCCAUGGAGACGCUGCUAUCACUAACCUCUAAGAGAGCCGGAGACUGGUUCAAAGAGGAGCUCCGCUUAUUAGGAGGUCUGGACCACAUCGUAGAUAAAGUGAAAGAGUGUGUGGAGAACCUGAGCUGCGAGGACGAUAAGGAGAACCUGGUGGCCUCUCUGUGGGGGGCUGAGAGAUGUCUGCGUGUUCUGGAGAGUGUCACGUUGCACAACCCGGAGAACCAGUCCUACCUGAUCGCCUACAAAGACUCUCAACUCAUCGUCUCUUCUGCAAAAGCCCUGCGCCACUGCGAGGAGAUGAUCCAGCGCUACAGCAGGAACACGCCCGGGUCGUCUCCGUCUCACAGCAGCGUGGGUAAAGCCGUGCAGGACUGCAUGAGGGCCAUCAUCGGCAUUCUGCUCAACCUCACACACGACAACGAAUGGGGAAGCACAAAGACGGGCGAGCAGGAGGACCUGAUCAUCACGGCUCUCAACUGUGUGCUGAAGGUUCCUCAGUAUCUGCCUCAGGAGCAGCGCUUCGACAUCAGAGUCCUGGGUCUUGGUCUGCUCAUUAAUUUGGUGGAGUACAGUGCGAGGAACAGGCACUGUUUGGUGGAGAUGGAGAUGGACGGAGGUGAGCUCUGGGAGACCAUCUGCGUGGCUGACCAAGAGGAGCUGAAAACAGAGAGCUCACGAAGCGCCAUCGCUGCACUGGUGAAGCUGUUCCUCCAGCGUGAGCGCGCUGCCGUUCUCGCCGAGGCCCAGACGGACGACUUCAUCAACGACGUUCCCAACGAGACCCUGGAUCAGAGCGGCGAGUGGCAGGAGACGUCGGGCGAGAUCCAGUGGGUGGCGUCGGAGAACAAGGGCACAGAAAACAACAACAACAAGAAGAAAGAUGAAGACGAGGAGGAGCUGGACCUCAAUAAAGCUCUCCAGCAUGCAGGGAAGCACAUGGAGGACAGCAUCGUGGCCUCCUACACUGCACUGCUCCUGGGCUGCCUCUGCCAGGGAAGUCCUAUGAACAUCAGUACUGUGCGUGAGAACCUUCCUAAAGGAGAUUUCUCCAUAAUGACGGAAAUGCUGAAGAAAUUCUUAAAUUUUAUGAACCUCACCUGUGAUAUGGGAACGGCGGGACAGAAAUCAAUCUCCCGGGUGAUCGAUUAUCUAGAGCACUGCUAAUGUGAGAGGACCUCACCUCAUCACACACACACACACACACACACACACACACCUCCCUGUCUGGACAACAGAACACAGAGACCCACCAGCACCUGCGCAUUCUCAUCAUCAUAAUCAUCAUCCUCCUGACGAAGGUCUCGAUCAGCCCUGAUGAUGUGACGUCCCCAACGACGAGUUUUCAGGAACAGCGGUGGAUUGAGUUGCUUACAUCUGAUCACCAACACCAACGUUUUUCCCAGUGCACUGGGGUGCUGACAUACACACACACACACACACACACACACACACACACACACACACACCUACCUACACACGCUCUCACUCACCCACACACACACAUUCACUCGCUCUGGGCUGGUGAAUGAUGGUGAGUUUGAAUGUAAAUGAGCAGAAUCGGGCUGAACUGAGUCUCAUUAAACGUGAUUUUGUUCGGCCGUGUUUGCGGUCACACAGGCUUUCGUUCCGAGCUCGAGGUGUUUCCACACUCACAUGUUGGUCUGGAGCUCAGUUUUUAAAUCUGUGACAAGUUUUCUCCUCAGAUCAAACCUACAGUCCAUCCUGAGUACAACACUGAAGGAUUCAAUAGUGAAAACACCCUAAAUAGAGAAAAAAAUAUGUAAUUAUCAUUUUAUUAAGCAUUAAUAAGAAUAAGAAACAUAUUUUACUGUUUGGAAGGAAUUUGCUGGAUAUAAAAAUGGUCCUGCAGGAGGCUUUGAGCUCCAAAAGCACCAAACAUCAUUAAAUAUGUAAUUAUAGUUUUAAACACAUGUAGAACAACCCAAAAAUGAAUUUUAUCCAAAAAUAAUGCAGUUCAUCAACAAUCCUGUUAAAACCUGAAGUGACCCCAGGAUCGAUCCUGAAUACAGACUUGAAACAGAACUGAAAGAAUUCAGUGUUUUUAAUCAUUCAGGUUCCUCUAAACCGGUCUGGAUACGAGUGUGAGGACCUGACCCAGUGUUGCCAUGCAGAAGAGUGCAGCGCAAUUAGCUUAAACAGAAAUAUGCGCUACAUUUUCCUCCUAUGAUUUUCAUUCCUGCUUUUAUUACUUGCUGAUAAAUAAUUAAAACCAACAAAACAAGCAGCGCAGGAUUUUUAAUCAGAUCCGAGCAGAUGAAUAUCAAACCCUUCGGCAUCUUUCAUAGUUUUUAUACUUUAUGUUGUUUUCGGGUCGCUUCCCGUUCUCUGUGCUGCACACACACACAUAUACACACACAUACACACUCACAAUCCUCAUUCUUUUAUUUUAGACACAGAAUAGUCAUAAAUUUGGACGGACUCGGAUGGAUUCACUUUCUACCGAUGUGUAUUCCCCAACACGUUUGGUUCUUUUUUGUGUCGUCUGCCGGCUUAAGUUGUGUGUUUGUUUGUGUGUGCGCGUGUGCGCAUCGCCAUACCGUACACCCAACACCCCCCGUACUAAAACUCACGAUUUGAACAGAAUCUGAACAGAACCACACAAUUGUACAUAUUUCUGUAAAUAUCGGCUCUUGCAGAUCUAGAAGCAUAGACUACUUUUCAGAAUCCGAGCUCUUUAUUUUAUACAGCGUUGCUUUCCUUGACUUUUUUUUUUUUUUUUUUUUUUUUUUCCCGUUGUUGGUUGUUUUGGUUUUGUUGAGUUAAAAUUCUAAGUGGCGUCUGAAUGCCGACUGCAGGAACCCUGGACACUUUGUACCAAUUCAAUUUCAGAAAUAAUGCCUUUGAUUACUUGUACAUAAUUUGAACUCGAAUAAAAAGUUGCUACUUUCAGUA